AUGGCCAAUCCAACAAGAUGUGCAGGUUGCAAAUUUUUGAGAAGAAAAUGCGCUCAAGAUUGUGUUCUGGCACCCUAUUUCCCCUCAUCCAAUCCAGAGAGAUUUGCUUGUGUUCAUAAGAUCUUUGGUGCCGGCAACAUUACCAAAAUGCUACAGCAACUUCCAGUCCAUGUAAGAGAAGCAGCAGCAGACUGCAUGUUUUAUGAAGCAUCAGUACGUGUUGAAGAUCCAACAUAUGGGUGUGUUAAAAUAAUUUCUCAAUUGCAACAAGAUUUAUUUCAGGCUCAAUCUGAGAUGGCCAAGACAAAAGCUCAAAUAGCAUUCUACAAUGCACAACAGCAACUAAAUCAGCAGCAGCAAAAUAUGGUUGAUGGUGUUGAUGAUAAUUACCAACAAGACCUGCACAGUGAAUCUUCAAGGCUCGGUUUAGAUGGUCACUUUUACAGCUUGGGUUGA